UGAGCACUGAGCAUAACUUACCAUAAGACGUGCGCGCAUCCUUAUCUCGAUCUCUUGCUUGAGUGUUGCCUGUUGUGCAAACUCAAAGACAUAGACCUCAGCCUAGUCCACACAAAACACCGGACUCGCAAGCUAGAUAGCUGAAGUAACGUAACUGUUGGUUAUCAUUAUGGUUAUGUAGACCUACCGCUGGCAAGUCUUGGUGUUCCGUCCAAACUUCCGUAGCCUAGUACUGUAACUGGGCUUUGAUUGAAUUUGAGACCAACAAUACUACACUGGUUAUGUCCACAGUGUUUCUGAAUGUAGGCCAAUGUGGCGUUCAACUGGGCGAGGCUUUCUGGAAGUGUGUGGACGAGCGCACCACUGGCACUGGCAGUGCGGCGGACAGCGCUGGAGAGAGACACCCAUUCUACACGGUGGACGGUCGACAACGCCGAGUGCUGGUCGACACGGAGCCGAAAGUCCUGGACGCGGUGCGCAGGACGUCGUGCCGCUCAAAUAUUCGGAAUAAGUCCAAUGCAGCAGGCAGCAAGGCCAGUGCAACAUCGACCAAUGAUUAUGUACUACGAGAUGAGAAUGUUCUGUGCAGUCGUCGUGGGCGCGGUGCGAACUGGGCCAUGGGCUACAGCAAGCUUGUGGAGUCGGCCAGUGGAACUGGAAGUCGCUGUAUAGAUGGUUGCACCCUGCUGGACCAAACGCUCGAGUCUCUGCGACGUGAAGUGGAGCGCUGUGAUGCGUUCUCCGGAUUCGUUGUGACGCACAGCUUGAGUGGCGGUACUGGAUCAGGCAUGGGGAGCCACUUGGUUGAGUGUUUGCGUGACGAGUACCCACUUGCUCAGCAGCUGUCGGUAUGUGUAGCACCGCUGCUUAAUGGUGAAAGUCCAAUGCAGUGGUAUAACUGCGCCCUGUGUCUGCAGCACCUGUACAGCCACUGUGACGGGAUACUGCUACUGGAGAACGACUUGCUACUCCGGCAAUGCCAGAGCGAACAGGCGUCGACGGCGGCACACUACCGACCUCGAACGGCAGCGUCCGCAUCAGCGACGAGUUGUACGCACGCGACGCUUGCCGACAUGAAUCGUCUCGGCGCCGAGAUGAUGUGCGGCCUAUUUCUUCCGGCGGAGAAUUCCGCUUCCGGAGCAUCCCUGGGAGGCUGGUCGAUAGGUCUUGAACCGUGGGACCUAUGCAGAACGGUGUGUCCGCUGCCUUCCCUGAAGCUGUUCACGGUGGACCACUGCUGGCAGUCUCACGCCCGAUCGUGGACGGCGAUGGCUGAUCAGCUGGCAAAGCAGCACCGGCUGACGCGCUACGCCCGUGGAUCCGGCACCACAGCACCUGCUCACAGCCGGCACAUUUCGGACGUUCUGAGCCGCUUGAGUGCGGCUCAUUACCAGACGACAAGCCUUGUGGCAGUGGCACGUGGCUCGCGGCGUGAUGCUCUCGUAAGUGAGCUGGGUGCGCUGGAGAAGAACUUGUCGAAGGGGUUCAGGUGUGCAGAUUGGAACCCUUCGCCGGUGGACAUUUGGACGGCGAGGGCGGCAGGCGGGUCACGUGCCUCCACAACGCUGACGGUGGCGUGUAACAGUGCAUCAGUGGUGCAUACAGUGAGUACUAUUCUGAACAAAUCCGAGCGCAUGUUUGCCAGCGGCGCAUUCCUGCACUGGUAUGAACGCUACGGCUGCGAGCGAGAGCGGCUCAGCGAGGCGUUUGCUCUUUUGCACGAUGUGCUCGAUGAAUACUUAACAGCUGUGACGUAGAGACAGGUAUAAUAUGUAUAAGACUUUCUUCGCCUCUGCAAUCAAAGACCCUCGCACACGUGCACAUAGACUUUGUUCAAUGAACCUGCUAAUCAUUGGUCAAGUUUCAAUACGGGUCGUGCAGCGUUUGUGUGCAGCUGGCCAGACAUCUGAUUAAAAGCGGCCCAUUGUGGAUUGCUUCUACCCCAUUUAGCACCGUUGUUAAGUUGACCAUUGUAGUAUAAGGCAAGCUCGGUUUUUUGGGUGAAUCA